GCAUUAAAAUAUCAUUGCUACCUUUCAAGUUAAUUGAGUGCUGGUCGCUAUGUAUGAAAGUCUCACUACAUAAAGCAUUAUAUUAUCUCGGAUUAAUAGUUUUGUCCGGAGUGGUAUUGAUUGUUUGCAAUGCCUUCUUUAGAUCAGCCUACUUUAAGGUCACCCCUUGCAAGAGCCUUGGAAUCGUCAGCGGUGAUACCGGUGCGACGAAACAGAUAAACUUAGAUGGUGAACAAAUCUCCAGAUCCACAAUCUACCGAGACAACAUUCGGCACCCUUUGAAAGAGAGGGAACUAGCGGUGAAGGAUUAUUGUAACAGUACAGAAUUGUUCGUCAAAGAGAAUGAAAGAAGAUUAGCGUGGAUUGAUCGGCAUUGCAAGAACAAUUAUUUGAGACUCUCUGUCAUUAAAGAAGUCUUCUACUUCAGAGAAUCCAGCUUGGGAUAUUGUCCAGUGUAUAAGGCUGCAUCUUCAAACGUAUUGGCACAUUUCUGCAGAGACUAUUUUCCCGACCGAAUUUGCCGAAACAAGAGUAGGAAUGGUGCGACACUUUACAGAACAUUGAUGAUUUUCAAAGAGCCAGCAACCCCGACCGGAGAAGAAAAACGGUUCGUAGUAGUUAGAGAUCCACUGAGAAGGCUCCUGUCAGCUUACCGAGACAAGUUUGAACAGUUGAAAACAACAUCCUUUAAAACCCCGGCUAGGGAUAUGAUGCUUCACCACCGCCCUAUCAUGUGGACCAUACACUUCGACAGAGAGAAGAGCGCUCAGCAGGCUGUUGACUACGCGGUGGAAAUGUCGGAAAAUAAUACGCAAAACUUUACGCCCCUUGCGGAGGAUAAUCCGUAUCUUAAACCACCAUAUCCGACUUUUAAGGAGUUUGUAGCUGAGGUCGUGGCAGGCUGGAGGAAUAAUCACGUAGUACCAGCAAGUCAGUAUUGUGGGCCUUGCCAUUUGACAAAACGAUUUGAUUUCAUUUUAAAGGUAGAGACAUUUGAUUGUGAUAUUGGACACAUGCUGAACAUAACUGGCAACUUAAAAUCAGCUGUGGUAUACUCUCCGGAUGCAGUUGAAGAGAGAUGGGCGACAAACACAGGACCACCAGGAAACAUGUCUCUACUCUUCAGCUACUACUCCACCCUUACUUCAGAUCAACUGGAUAUGUUGCUAGAGUAUUACCAGGACGAUUGUCUGCUGUAUCAGUAUCUUUGUCACGAGCUUAUCAAUAAGAUUAGGAGAUUUAAUUCUUUAAAUCUAAAUCAUCACCAUGAGUACAAGAAUACUUGGAGUGGAAGAGCAGUUUCUUGA